CAAACAAAAAAUGGUUUGAUAAAGAUUGUAGAUUUAAGAGACAUGAAGUAAGAAAACUUGCUAACCAGAAACAUAAAGACCCAAGUAACAAUGAAAUAAUAACUUCAUAUCACAAAGCCCUAAAAACUAUAAAGAAUUCAAAAGAGUCAAAAAAGACUAUUUUCCACAUGGAAAAAAUUGAAGAAUUAGAAAAAGCAUCUGAAAAAGACCCUAUCUCAUUCUGGAAAUCACUCAAAACAAGUACCGAUAAUCUAGAUUUCAAUGAAACUAAAAAUAUGCACGCAGAAGAUGAAUGGUUGGCUUAUUUUGAAAAACUACAUUCUGAACAUAAGUUAGGUGAUGCGCAAGAAGAAAAUCUUGAAUGCAUAAAAAACUAUGAAAAAAACCAAGGAUCAAUUUAA